AUGGAACAUCAAAUCGCUGGUGAAAUUCACACUAUAGUUCGGAAAUAUUUUCGUUUACUCUGUCUACAAGGUCGUUCACUGGAACCAUACGCAACACAAAACGAAUUCCUCUCACUAAUAAAGCCAACACUAACUGACACCAUAACCCUGCAUUUACCGUGCAACGGCAGCAAACAUGUAUGUGUGAUCUCGAAAUUCGUCGCCCGCGACGAAAUAUACGUAGCAUAUGUAGGGCACCUACAAAGAGAACUUGCAAAGGUGACGCGGUUCUACUCGUAUCAUUGUUCUCGUCAGCAUUGUGAUCAGAAUGAUCGAAAGAAAGUAGAGCGCGCGAUGGAAAAACGGAAGAAAAAGACGAGAAAUUUUAGUUGGUAUGGUGGUAGAAAGAAUAGGGAUAAUGGUCAUGGUGAUGAGGAGAAACGUGAUUUGGUGUUAACGGAGUUGGUGGAAGCGAAUUGGGUAACUCAGAAAAUCGAGUUGAAGUACGCGGAUCCAUUCAAAGAGUAUUUGUUUGUCAUGUUUGAUAAAGAGAGUGGCAGAUUUAUGGAGGUGUUUGGUGAAAUGUCCGAAGAACCAAUCUCAGAAACAACAUUCGAAGACGUGAUAACGCUCUGGAUUGCUGUUCUAAUUUGGAUAGUUCAAUUCCUCACCACCGGUGCCAUACACCGUCAAACAUCACGAAUUACCGGGAAAAUUGGGGGUGUCUUAAUACAAUAA